AUGGAUGGAUGGAUGGAUUUAUUUAUUUACACACACACACACACCAACACACAGGAGAUUGCUCUCCGCGGAUACGAGCUUGCCAUUGAGGCUUUUUGGGACGACGACUGCGGGCGGAGGAUGAGGUAUGGAGGAUGGCGGAUGGUGGAUGGCAUCAAAAUUGUCACUUGUGCUUGUGCUUUGGUGAGGUUCGAAGAUAGAGAAACGAUGUUCACGGAUGGCUCUACACUAUGUCUGGCAAAUAAUGCAAAUUUGUUCAAUAAUGUCCUCUCUUUUGGGAAAUUUUGGUCUCAUUUCAAUCUUUAUUUUUAUCGCAAUUUCAGUGCGCCAUGA